AUGCAAACCCGCACACGAAUUGAAUUACAUAAAUAUCCAUUAACAGACAAUCUGGGAAAUAUAAUCAGAAUUAUAAGUAGUAAACAUUCAUUGGCUUGGUUCCUCAACAGCCACAUUGCAGCAAAAAUACAAUAUAAGGUAAAUAAAGACAAGUAAAAAUAAAAAAAUGAAAUAAUUAGAAGCAUAGAUCACAAUAAUAAAAUCAAAAAAGUAAGUUAGAAUAAAAUAAACGAAGUCCGUGGUAUAACUAAUAAUAAGUUAUGAGGUGUAUAGUAACGAGAAAGAAAUUCUUCUGAAAACUCUUUGCUCCCCCUUUGAGUUUUAGACCUUAGCGUUUAACAGGAAAGUCUGAACAAUUACAGGAAGUAUGGGCCUCAUACAUUUUUUCAGCAUAUUCAGCAUCUUUUAAAUGGACAAACUACAGAUGUCAUUCUGAAGCAUUUUUAAGAUAGGCUUCCUUAAACACAUAAGCCAUUUUGACCUGUAGACGAGGUGAAUAAAUGUUCUUGUUUUUUUAUAUAAUAUAAUGUUGUGUUGUGUAAAUAUUCUAUUGAUAAUUAAAUUGCAUUUCCUUGUGGUCGGUGCUUGGUUUUGAGCCAUGUCAAACAAAAAGCCAGCAAGGGCCUCCGGAAUCAUUGUGCUCCACUGUUGACACAGUUAUCAAAUCUCAAACAGUAAAGUACAGUACACCCCUUGUGUGCAUGGAUCAAGGAGCGACCAGCGUGUGUGGGGAAGCCGAUGUAGACCUGAACUGACCUCUCGUAGUUCAUAUUGCUCUGUUCAGCAGCCAAGAAAGAACAAUAUCAAUAUCGGCCCCUUUAGGAUUGCCCCCUUUUUUAUUUUUUUAUUUAAACUUAUUUAGUUUUAGUUUUUGUAAGAUUUGUAGGGCCUAUGAAAAAAUCAUGAACGAUGAUGAACAUUGCAAAUUGAUUUUACGUGUUGCCAGAUUAAACCUUUUGAAUUUUGCAAGAAAUAAGGGUGGCUCGUCAGGAUGUCCUCAUGCUGCUGUCUGAACUCUCCUUGCCCCGUGAGAACACCACCAAACCCCUUCGGAGCAACAGCGCAUAGAGCAGGCGAAGGGAAGCUUCUCGUCCCGUCCACUGCCGAAGAAGUGGUCGAUUAUCUGGAAUACGCAACAAGCCGGACUGAAAUGGACGUAGCGUUACUCAGAGAGCAGUACAGAUUGACCAAAGAGAACAAGAUGAGGCAGAACCGGGUGGUCGUGUUCAGAAGAGUUUCAGAGGACCUCACUGAGGCCAUGCGCAUUAUCCCCGUCGCGCAGGGUUUGUCCUCUUCGCUGUGGUUAACCAACAGCAACAGGCCUCCGGACUUGACCCUGUCUGUUGACCCAACUCCAGCGACCCCUGACCCCUGGCACGAUCACUUGGCCCUCCACCGGUGCCCCAGCACCCCUCCUGUGGUCACACUAUCACCCCCGGCACAAACCAGCACCGCCGCUGGUUCCCAUUGGCCUCCACCACACAGGAGGCACUCCGAGGCGGGGAGCUUUAAGCCAAAGAACAAAGUUGAAAGAUAUGUUGACUCUGCAGCGGGUUUAAAGGGCAGCUGCCCCAACAUCUCCUCAAAGGAUCCGCUCCCUGGCUGCGUCCACAUGGCAGGAGCCCGUCAGCUGGACGGUUUCCUCAAGAUUGCUCCCAGAGAAGAGGGCGGAGGUGAGUCCCUCACUGGCACCUCGGAGGGCUUCUCCUUUGAAGGCUCUUUCACAAGUUUGGAAGAGAGUUACACCCCUCCUGGUUGCUCCCUCACGCCCUCAGCCUGCAGUUCAGUCGCUGAUCCAUAUGAAACCGAGGAUUAUGAACAGCCACUGGAGGGUAGCCAUGGUGGCUACGGCCUAGCGUGUCCUGCGUUCGGGGGGCUUGCUGCGCCUGUGCCAACCCCCAACCGAAGCCAGAGUUUUGGGGUGCAACCACUACGACCUACCCUCGUUCCUGAUCAACACCAUUACUCCACCUACUAUCCUUUCCCCAACAGGAGGUCCAUAAAAAAGUCUGAGGCAGCCAAGAAACUGGGCAUGUAUUCCAGCUUUUAACACUGAACAUUGGAUUGUGGAACAAUAGCAUGACGAUAAGACCCUCUCACAAUAAAACGCCCUGCGCAUCAGAGAACUACUCUCCUAUUUCUUUAUCUUUGACUGUUAAUGUGGAGGAAUGGAUGUGUUGAAUGUACCUAUGCUCUUUGAAUUACGCUUUAAUUUGUACGCUCUGAAUCUCUAUGUAAUGUAGCAUCCCUGAAAUGCUUUACUGAAAGGUUGACAGGGUUGGGCAACAGAGAUGUUGGGUGGAUUGGGCUGCUGUAACUUUUAACUAAUCUCUUUUGAGGGUCAUCGACACUGCUUUAAAGUACUCAUGAAAAUGAAAUUCUAUGAAUGACUAAAUCAGAAUCAAUGUAAUUUUUUUUUAUAUUGGUGUCAAUGAAAUAUUGACACAAUUGAAUGUGAAUUAAAAAGACACAGAUUGUAUCCUGUUGCAUUUCUGUAGCUUAAGAAAUUGUAAUAAGAGGCUCAAUAACAUUUUAUUUUGCUAUUGUGGGCACUGUUGUAUAAACAACUGAGGCUAUAGCAUUAUACAAUGUUAUGGUACAUUGCACUAUAGCAUUGUGCAUUAUUGAUCAUAUAAAAAUGUUAUUUGAUCGUCCGAUCGUUUUAUUCCUUUACAUAUUAGUAGGCUUAAUGUGUGUAGAAUAAAUCGUAUGUAAAAUUUUUUAUAAUGUGGGCAAAUAAAUUAAAUAGUUCAGUAA